AUGACUCCUGAUUUGCAAAAGCAAUUCAUGAAUCAAGAGUCCUUCAUGAUAAUGGUACAUCUUAAGGAAAUAUUCCAAGAGCAAGCCCAUUACAAAAGGUUCGUGACUACUAAGGUAUUGACAUCUUGCAAGAUGGCACCAGGGACUCUAGUUAGUUCCCAUGUACUCAAGAUGAAGGGGUAUCUUGAUACUCUUGAGAAGCUUGAUGUGCGCAUCAGUAGGGAGCUUGCAACUGACCUAAUUUUGGGGUCACUUUUGGAUAGUUGUGAUUCAUUUAUCAUGAACUAUAACAUGCAUAGAAUGGAUAAAUCAGUCAUCGAGUUGCAUGGGAUGCUCAAGAGUGCUAAAGAGAACAUCCAUAAAACUAAAUUUGUGCUCAUGGUUCAAAAGGGCAUUAGCAAGAAAGGGAAAGGCAAGGGAAAAGUUCCACCUAAGCCUAAGGAUAAUAAGUCUGGGCCUAAGUCCAAAGGCAAGGAGAAAAAGGCACCCAAGCCAAAGCCUAUGCAAGAAGAGAGCAUAUGCUUCCACUGUAACAAUGCUGGGCAUUAG